AUGACCGAACCCCCGAGAAAGCGCUCGCGAGUGGCCUGCACCUCGUGCCAAUCGCGCAAGCGCAAAUGCACUGGGGACCAGCCGUGUUCGACCUGCGUCCAGUUCGGCGUGGACUGCCACUACGACCUGGAGUCGCGCAAGAAGCGCGACGUGCGGCUGUUCCAGUUGCAGUCCGCCCCCCUCGCCGCCAGCAGCCGGUCAGUCGACUCAACCUCCAAACCCUCGCCCGAUGAGACCGCGGCGCGGCUCAACUCGCUGGACGCCAACUCCGGCGCUGCAUUCGCCAGACGCCUCGGGCUCAAGAUCGACCCGACCAACGCGCCCAAACUGCAUCUCUUCGCCUGGAACAUGGGGGCCCGGCACCCUUCUCCUUCCCCAUCCCCGGCCGCGGCUGCAUCCUUCUCCGCCGUCAAGGCCCUGCCCAUUGUGGAACAGAUCUCGCAGGAUGAGAUGCGCGCACUGGUGGCCGUGUUCUUCGAGAAGGUCGACCCGUGCUACAGCUUCAUCGAGCGCGACGACCUGCUGCGCAACCUGAGCCGACGGUGGCUCCCGGCGACGGCCGAGUCCGCCCUCGCCUACGGCGCGUUCGACGCGGUUCUGUGCGGCGUCGGAGCGCUCGGCUGCCUGUUCUCGCAGCGGACGGCCACCCCGGCGGAGCUGCAACUGGCGGAGAGCGCCCGGCUGAUGCUGGAGCAGCACAUGGUCUCCGAUGCGCCGCCGUCCGUGGACCUGGUGACCGCCUGGGUGCUGCGCGUGGCCUACCUCCGCAUGACCGCCACGCCGAACGCCGCCUGGAUGGCCAGUUGCUCGCUGAUGCACCUCAUCGAAGCGACGGGCUUGCAUCUCGAACUCCCCGGCGGCGGCGACACGACCACCACCACCACCGCCCUCAGCCAACCCGUGGAACCGUGCGACCCGGAACUGCGCCGCCGGCUCUUCGGCAUGGCCCGUCAUCUGAACGUGUGGAUAUCGUUCGAGCUCGCGCGGUCGCGCGUGGUCCUGCACGGCGCCACAUCGCUGCCGCCGACGCCGCGCUCGCCGAGCCAGCCGACGGAGAUCUUCGGCCUGCUCCCGAUGUCCGAGAGCCUCGACCCCAACAAGACGCAGGACGCGCCCGCCCUGGAAUGCGCGCUGACGGACAUUCUGAACUUGGCGCUCACCCAGCCCCCGCUGGUUCUGGUCCAAUGUAAUCUGAUGCUGUGCAUCUACCGUCGCCUCCGGGCACUGAACUGCAUCAUCUCCGGGGCACUGCUCGAUCGGGUUCUGGCCCUCGCGGAGAAGGGCCUCCGCGCGGCGCGCGAGAUGGUGGCGUCGAAUUGUCCCUGGCAUCAGGCCGCCAACGUGCCGUUCCAGGUCGUGUGUACGCUGCUGGCCAUCGACAACCGGGCGGCGCUGAUGAUGCUGGGCGACGCCAUGUCCACCCUCCGCGAGGUCGUGGCGGCGUACGAUACCGAGGUCAUGCGGGAGGCCUACAGCACGGCGUACCUGCUCAUGCUCCUACACCAGCGGCAGAAGGAGGAGGACACCAAAGUGCUCAAGGAUGUGUUGCACGUGCACUCGGCUGCCUCGACGUCGCAGAUCGAGGCGGGACAGCCUGCGUCGACUACGGAGCCGCAUCAUUCGCUGGCCGAUUAUCCAGGGUUCUCCUGGCUGAGUGAUCUACUAGUUGACAUGCCGAGUCUCCAGCACUUCGACAUGGAACGGUUCAUGUACACCGAUAUGCCGGGGCCCUUGGCGGAGACUCCCGGGGCCGGGUCGGUUUCUACCAGCUGA